UCUCGUUAUUAUUAUUUUUUUCUUCUUGACCGAGCUGCACGUCUCCUGGUUCGGUGGCCUAGGCUUUGCAAGCAGCUGACUGGUCUCCCGGGUCUGGCUGAUGACGCGGAGAUCAGGCUCUGUGACUUCCUUCAGCCUGGGAAUUCAGAGCAAACUAGGGUUCUUGGGAAAGGCAAUUGCAGGAAUCUGGCGGACCCAAAGGAAAGCACAAGUCACACUUUCCUCCUGGGCUUGGUAGAUCUGCCAGCAGGGUUUGCUUCGAGGGAGGCUGCCCUCUCGAAGGAGAGGCGAUUGCAGAGCCGCCUGCUCGCCCGGCCGCUCGCUGGGCUAGAAGCUGCUGUGUGCUUGGGGAAGGACUCAGGUUUGCAAAGACGUGGGAGAAGAUGCCUGAGGGCCUGCUUCAGUCCUCAGACCCCCGGGAGGAGAAAGUGCGCCGGGCCAACUGACCCUCGGGAGGGUCUGGCCGGAGCUGCUUCUGAGAGCGGACAGCUGAUCCUCAUAGGAGGAAGAUCUGUCUGCAUUGCAAGUGUCCUCAGGAGGAGCACAUGGUGACGGUGAUGCCUCUGGAAAUGGAGAAGGCCGUCAGCAAACUCAUGUUCGACUUCCAGAGGAACUCCAUCUCGGAUGAUGACUCAGGCUGCGCCCUGGAAGAGUAUGCAUGGGUGCCCCCGGGGCUGAAGCCCGAGCAGGUACACCAGUACUAUAACUGCCUCCCGGAAGAGAAGGUCCCCUAUGUCAACAGUCCUGGAGAGAAACUGCGAAUCAAACAGCUCCUGCACCAGCUGCCGCCUCACGACAACGAGGUCCGGUACUGCAGCUCCCUGGAUGAAGAGGAGAAGAGGGAACUGAAGCUGUUUAGCAACCAGAGAAAACGCGAGAACUUGGGCCGAGGGAACGUCAGGCCCUUCCCAGUCACCAUGACAGGAGCGAUUUGUGAACAGUGCGGAGGCCAGAUUAACGGAGGGGACAUCGCCGUGUUCGCAUCGCGCGCUGGCCACGGUGUGUGCUGGCACCCGCCCUGCUUCAUCUGCACGGUGUGCAACGAGCUCCUGGUGGAUCUGAUCUACUUUUACCAAGACGGGAAGAUCUACUGUGGCAGGCACCAUGCCGAGUGCCUGAAGCCACGCUGCGCGGCCUGUGAUGAGAUCAUCUUUGCGGACGAAUGCACAGAAGCUGAGGGGCGCCACUGGCACAUGAGACACUUCUGCUGCUUCGAGUGUGAGACAGUGCUGGGCGGCCAACGCUACAUCAUGAAGGAGGGAAGGCCCUACUGCUGCCACUGCUUCGAGUCCUUGUAUGCAGAGUAUUGUGACACGUGUGCCCAGCAUAUAGGGAUCGACCAAGGUCAGAUGACCUACGACGGCCAGCACUGGCAUGCCACGGAGACCUGCUUCUGCUGUGCCCACUGCAAGAAGUCCCUCCUGGGGCGGCCGUUCCUCCCAAAGCAGGGCCAGAUAUUCUGCUCACGGGCCUGCAGUGCGGGCGAGGAUCCCAACGGCUCGGACUCAUCCGACUCCGCUUUCCAGAAUGCCCGAGCCAAGGAGUCCCGGCGCAGCGCCAAGAUCGGCAAAAAUAAGGGCAAGACAGAGGAGGCCAUGCUCAACCCGCACAGCCAGCUGCAGGUGAGUUCCAACCGACUGUCAGCCGACGUGGACCCCCUGUCCAUGCAGAUGGACCUGCUCAGCCUAUCCAGCCAGACACCCAGCCUCAACCGGGACCCCAUCUGGAGGAGCCGGGAUGAGCCUUACCAUUAUGGGAACAAGAUGGAGCAGAACCAGUCCCAGAGUCCUUUGCAGCUCCUCAGCCAGUGUAACAUCAGAACAUCCUACAGUCCAGGAGGGCAGGGGGCAGGAGCCCCGCCUGACAUGUGGGCCAAGCGCUUCAGCACCCCCAAGAGAAGCUCGUCGCUGGCCAUGAAGGGGCACAGCAACAGCUUUGUCAAGGAAUGCCGGGAGGACUACUACCCGGGGAGGACGAGGUCCCAGGAGAGCUACAGCGACAUGUCCAACCAAAGCUUCGGUGAGACCCGGGCCAGCAUCCCCGUGCCCAAGUACGAGGAGGAGGAGGAGGAGGAGGAAGGGGGCAUGUCCACACAGCAGUGCCGGACCCGCCGUCCACUCAGUGCCCUGAAAUACACAGAGGAUAUGACGCCCACGGAGCGGACCCCUCGCGGCUCCAUGGAAUCGCUGGCCCUGUCUAAUGCAACAGGCCUGUCUGCCGAAGGUGGUGCCAAGCGCCAGGAGCAUCUCUCCAGGUUUUCCAUGCCUGACCUCAGCAAAGACUCCGGCAUGAACGUCUCUGAGAAGCUGAGCAACAUGGGCACCCUGAACUCCUCCAUGCAGUUCCGGAGCGCCGAGUCGGUGCGCAGCCUGCUGUCUGCCCAGCAGUACCAGGAGAUGGAGGGGAACCUGCACCAGCUGGGUGCCCCCCUUGGGUACAGGGACCUGCAGGCCCACGGAAGGAUGCAUCGAAGCUUCGAUUUUGAUGGGGGCAUGGCGAGCAGCAAGCUGCCAGGGCAAGAUGGAGCAUGCAUCCAGCCCUUGAGUGAACGCACCAGGAGGAGAGCCACCUGCCGAGGAGAUGACGCUCGGCGCUUUCGCCCUCACCGGUCCAGGCGGUCCAGGCGGUCCCGCUCCGACAACGCCCUGCAUCUGGCCAGUGAGCGCGAGGCCAUCGCUCGCUUAAAAGAAAGGCCCCCUCUGAGAGCCAGGGAGGACUAUGACCAAUUCAUGCGACAACGGAGCUUCCAAGAGAGCCUGGGGCAGGGGUCCCGGAGGGACUUGUAUGGCCAGUGUCCCAGGACUGUGUCAGACCUGGCUUUACAGAAUGCCUUUGGGGAGCGGUGGGGACCCUACUUCACCGAGUAUGACUGGUGCUCCACCUGCUCCUCCUCCUCCGAGUCUGACAAUGAGGGGUACUUCCUGGGCGAGCCCAUCCCACAGCCAGCCCGCCUGCGCUACGUCACGAGUGACGAGCUGCUGCACAAGUACAGCUCGUACGGCGGCCCCCAGGCGUCCACGCUGGGUGGCAGAGGACAGCUGCACAGCAGGAAAAGACAGAAAAGCAAAAACUGUACCAUCUCGUAAUGGGACUGGGUCAGGGAAGGGGGAAGACGGGAGCGAGGAGUGUAAAUUCAGCAACCUGCACUGUUUUCAACUUUCCAGCGCUUUG